AAAUCCUUUAGAAUCCGAUUAGAUAUUUUUGAAUAAAUUUCCGUGUACAUUGGGGCUACCGGACUACCGCCCGGAAACCAAAAAUCCAAUAAGCCAUCAGUGUGUGUGAGCGGUUAGGGGUUCCAGGCCUUGCGUGCUCCACGAAGUCUGCGGCUCAGUCAGCUCAGUUCGCAUUCGCCAGCCGUGCUUUCAAGUUGUCCGUCAAAGGAUGGCCAAGUUCAGUCCGCACCAGCUGUCGAAUCCCCGGGCGAAUGUCUUUAUCCUGGUCAAUCUGGGAUGCGAAAUGCUCUAUGUCAUUGAUCAGCGGCUGAAGGCGCAGCAGAUUGCACAGGAUAAGUCGAUUCAGGUUAUCCACGAUGUGACGGCAGUGCUGCUGGAGCCCAAGUUUAUAGACUCGCUGCUCAACGGAUCGAAGCACAAUAAUGCCCAGCUGCUGACCGCCGAACACUGCAAGUUCAUGCUGAACGACAUAGCCACCUGCUCCUUGAUGCGACUGGACGAGCAGUCCAUGUCCAAGCUGUGGAACCUCAUGACCAUGGUGUACAAGUGGCAGCUCUUCGUGUCCCGCCAUCAGCACCACCUGCUGGAGAUUACCUUUCGGCACCUGGAGGCGAUCAACAGGCUGUAUCCGGAUGCCAAGCGGCACAUGUUGAUUGACUUCACGAAGAACACACUGCUGGACUUCUGGAACGCCAGCGGGGAGGAGGCCCAGCUGUCCAUUUACCAGACGAAUCGCGCCUGGCUGCAGUGCUUCAACACCAAGAUAUCGCUGCUCAUUCGCCUGGGUUUCCAGGCCAUGGACGGCAGUUUCUUCAAGGAUGUGGAUCAGGACUACUUCGCCGAGUACGUCCAGUCGGCGGGUGACAACCUCUAUGCGAAGAGUGCGGAGCAGCGGGUGCAGCCGGAGCAGCGGGAGCCCAACAGCAUGGACCAACUGGCCGCCCAGCUGAACAUCAAUCCCGUGCAGGGCGAGGAUCUGCAGCCCAUCAAUGCCCGCCAGUUCCAGCAGCAGUUCGAGCAGACAUUCGGCAAUGUGAUCUUCGAUGACCCGGUGGCCAGCGGCUCCUCCGGCUGUGAGUUUGUCCAGCUGCAGCCCACGACUCCGACUUCAUCGAUGGCCCGCGGUGGAUCAUUGCUCAACCAGAACCUGCUCGAUUUGUACAGCAAAAUUCCGUAGAAUUUUCGUUUAGAAAAUAUUGUAUUUGUUGGUUUUUGUAAAGUAAUUAUAAAAACGCCAUAGGUUGCAUAGUUCUUGUUUGUUUUUUGUUUAGUUUUGUUUGUUUUGUUUUCAUCGAAGACAUUGUUGUGAUCAAAAAAUAAAUCAACGUUAGAAUUUUGAGCUUGCGACUUGUUGUGAAAUCUGUGUGUGUGUGUGUGUGUGGGGGGGGUGUGUAUGCGU